UACCUGGUGGAGAAUCCUGGGAGUUAUGUGGCAUAUAGUAAGGCUGCAACAGUUACUGGUAAACUGGUCCAUGCUAAUUUUGGUACUAAAAAAGAUUUUGAGGAUUUAGACACUCCUGUGAAUGGAUCUAUAGUGAUUGUCAGAGCAGGGAAAAUCACCUUUGCAGAAAAGGUUGCAAAUGCUGAAAGCUUAAAUGCAAUUGGUGUCUUGAUAUACAUGGACCAGACUAAAUUUCCCAUUGUUAACUCAGAACUUUCAUUCUUUGGACAUGCUCAUCUGGGGACAGGUGACCCUUACACACCUGGAUUCCCUUCCUUCAAUCACACCCAGUUUCCACCAUCUCGGUCAUCAGGAUUGCCUAAUAUACCCGUCCAGACAAUCUCCAGAGCUGCUGCAGAAAAGCUGUUUGGGAAUAUGGAAGGAGACUGUCCCUCUGACUGGAAAACAGACUCUACAUGUAGGAUGGUAACCUCAGAAAGCAAGAGUGUGAAGCUCACUGUGAGCAAUGUGCUGAAAGAGAUAAAAAUUCUUAACAUCUUUGGAGUUAUUAAAGGCUUUGUAGAACCAGAUCACUAUGUUGUAGUUGGGGCCCAGAGAGAUGCAUGGGGCCCUGGAGCUGCAAAAUCCGGUGUAGGCACAGCUCUCCUAUUGAAACUUGCCCAGAUGUUCUCAGAUAUGGUCUUAAAAGAUGGGUUUCAGCCCAGCAGAAGCAUUAUCUUUGCCAGUUGGAGUGCUGGAGACUUUGGAUCGGUUGGUGCCACUGAAUGGCUAGAGGGAUACCUUUCGUCCUUGCAUUUAAAGGCUUUCACUUAUAUUAAUCUGGAUAAAGCAGUUCUUGAGCCUUGCGUUUUCUUGCAGGACACAGAUUAUCCUUAUUUGGGUACCACCAUGGACACCUAUAAGGAACUGAUUGAGAGGAUUCCUGAGUUGAACAAAGUGGCACGAGCAGCUGCAGAAGUCGCUGGUCAGUUGGUGAUUAAACUAACCCAUGAUGUUGAAUUGAACCUGGACUCUGAGAGGUACAACAGCCAACUACUUUCCUUUGUGAGGGAUCUGAACCAAUACAGAGCAGACAUAAAGGAAAUGGGCCUGAGUUUACAGUGGCUGUAUUCUGCUCGUGGAGACUUUUUCCGUGCUACUUCCAGACUAACAACAGAUUUCGGGAAUGCUGAGAAAACAGACAGAUUUGUCAUGAAGAAACUCAAUGAUCGUGUCAUGAGAGUGGAGUAUCACUUCCUCUCUCCCUACGUAUCUCCAAAAGAGUCUCCUUUCCGUCAUGUCUUCUGGGGCUCCGGCUCUCACACGCUGUCAGCUUUACUGGAGAACUUGAAACUGCGUAAACAAAAUAACGGUGCUUUUAAUGAAACGCUGUUCAGAAACCAGUUGGCUCUAGCUACUUGGACUAUUCAGGGAGCUGCAAAUGCCCUCUCUGGUGACGUUUGGGACAUUGACAAUGAGUUUUAAAUGUGAUACCCAUAGCUUCCAUCAGAACAGCAGGGUAGUCUGGUUUCUAGACUUGUGCUGAUUGUGCUAAAUGUUCAGUAGGGCUACAAAACCUGAUGUUAGAAUUCCAUCCCAUCAUCUUGGUACUACUAGAUGUCUUUAGGCAGCAGCUUUUAAUACAGGGUAGAUAACCUGUACUUCAAGUUAAAGUGAAUAACCACUUAAAAAAUGUCCAUGAUGGAAUAUUCCCCUAUCUCUAGAAUUUUAAGUGCUUUGUAAUGGGAACUGCCUCUUUCCUGUUGUUGUUAACGAAAAUGUCAGAAACC